AUGACUCUCGGCAAAACUUCUUACGAUGAUAAGCAAGGGUCCAAGUACGGCAUGUUGGCUCGAUUGGCAGUGGAAGCAGGUUUCGACUGGGUCUACUACGAAUCCCGGUCUCACAUUCACUGUUCUGUCAAAUCAGGUGCCAUUUUGAUGUCUAGCCACCAAGCAGAUUACAGGCCAAAAAUGUCCCAUUUGGUAGCCAUACAACAUCCUCAAAAAUUGGCAGGGAGGAUUUCAAGCAUGUUCUAUGGAAUGGGGUAG